UGCAUUGUUUUCUGCACAUUUCAAUCGAAGAAAUACAAGUGACGAAUUGCGUGUAAGCAAUUUCCUCGACAUUGGUGAUAUUUUUAUUUGAAUGUUGUUCACUCCAGAAGAAUAUAUAAAUACAUAUUUUACUUGUGUUUAAAAUAUGAAAAGACAACGAGUCAAACAUACACCAAAUCAUGUUUACGUGGAAUCUCAACUGGAAACGAAUGAUUGUUUACCAUUGAACGAAACAAAACAGAAUCCUUCUGAAAAAUGGUUAGAGGCUCAAGUUUUACCAGGUGACACGCUCCAAGCUGUUGCAUUGAGAUACAACUGUACGAUCGCUGAAUUGAAAAAGCUCAACAAAAUAGACAAAGAAAACGAAAUUUAUGCGCGAAAGAUAAUCAAAGUGCCAAUUACCCCACAUUCAAUAUUAUUAGAAACACUACCGAAAGUUCAUAGCAGCGGGAGCAGUAGCCCGAAAAACAUUCCUGAUGUGUCCCGAAGUUUUGCAUCUGUAUUAGAAAAGCAAACCAAUUUAGAUGAGAAACUUAUUGUGGCCGCUGUUAGCAGUGCCUCAUACAAAAAUGAUUCCGUGAAAGAUGCGGCUACACAUUCUAAACAUCUCGACGAAACCUACACUGAUCUUGAAACUUUAUCCAACGACGAGACGUUAUCCAGACAGCCGCUUUUGAGUGGAGAGUACGACGAAAAUUUGCCUCUGCCACGACCAUUACGAUUGCCUGCGAGUGAUUUCUCUUGUAACGGGUCCGACUGUGAUAUAUCAUGGAUUUGUCUUCUUGUAUUUAUUCUUGCACUUUGUUUUGCUAUUCCUUUGAUAUAUGUAAUAUAUGUAGCGGAACACAUCGAAAACUACCAUCACGAAAACAUUGUUAAUGAAACUAUUAGUCAUAAAACGUGACCGUUACACGAAAAAGUUUGUGUUAUUCAUAUACAAGAGAGAUUAUGUCUCCAACUAGAGUAACAUUAGUUGUUCGGUAUGUAAUAUUUUAUUACGUGUAAUAAAAUUUUGAUAUUUAGCCAA